AUGACAGAAACAAAUUUAGAAAAAGAGAAAGAAAAGAAUAUCUUAGGAAACAGAAAUAACCAUUCAGCACCAGCAGAGGGAAGGGGAUCAGUAAAAAUAGCAACAGAAUAUUCACCAGCAUCAGGAGGUUCUAUUCCACAAUCCUCAACACCAAUCUAUUAUAAUGUUUCUGAAUCAUUAAACAAUCAACAAAAUCAAAAGAAGCAAGAAAAAAUUUUGAAAAGACAAAAGGAACAAGCUUUCUUAAGAGAACAAGAGAAUUUAAGAAAGCAAGAGGAGUUAGCCAAACAAAGAGAGCUCCAUAGAAGACAAGAACUCCAAAAACAGCAACAACAACAACAACAACAACAACAACAACAACAACAACAACAACAACAACAUUUUCAAUCAUCAAGGGCACAACAUAAUAAUUACCCAUCAUUUAAUAAAACCUAUUCACAAUAUUCAGCUGCUGGUAAUGUCACAUCAAGCAAUCAACCCCAACAACACUCACAACCCCAACCACAACAAUAUUCAAGUGCACAGUCUAGCUAUCCAUCCUUCAAUAGAGAACAAUCACGUUAUACUGCUGCAAAUAGUUCUCCAUCAGCCAAUUUUCCACAUCAUUGUCCACAACAAACAUUUACACCUUCAAGGGGACAAAAUAAUAAUUACCCAACCUUUAAUAAAGAAAAAUCACGUUAUUCUACCGCUAGAGAACCAAAAUCAGUAAAUACUCCACCAAAUAACGAACAAUCAUCAAAGUAUCCAUCAUUUAACAAGGAACAAUCUCGUUAUAAAUGUGAGAGUUCAUCAAAUAAAGCAGAAGAAGAGCGUAUUGAAAAGGAAAAAUUGGAAAAAGAAAAAUUGGAAAAAUUAGAGAGAGAGCGUAUUGAUAAAGAAAGAUUAGAGAAAAUACGUAUUGAAAAAGAAAAAAUCGAACAAGAGCGUGUUCAAAAAGAAAUUUUAGAAAAGCAAAGAUUAGAGAAUGAAAAAUUAGAAAAGGAGCGUUUAGAAAAAGAAAAUAACUCCGAGUGUUGUAUUUGUUACAACAAAAUAAAUACCACUAAUGCCUCCUUUAUAGAUUGUUUUCAUAUGUUUUGCUAUGAUUGCAUCAGAAAAUGGUGCAUACAAAAUAAUACUUGUCCAUUAUGCAGAGUAGAAUUUAAUCAUAUUCAAAGAGAGGGUCAAGCCGCACAAUCAAUAUAUGAAGUUAGAAAGGAAUCAUUAAAUAAAAGUAACAAUUCUGAUGAUGAUUCCGAUAAUGACUCUGAUAAUGAUUCCAAUUAUGAUUAUGAACCAGAUUCCCAUUCCCAUUCUGACCACAAUAAUAAUUCAUCUUCUGGAUUAGAUUUUAAUGAAUACGAUUACGAUUACGUUUACGAUUCUCAUUUAGAUCAAUAUGUCCCAAAUGAAUUUUUAACAAAUAAUAACAAUUCAAUUGGUGGAUCAGAUUCCGAAGAAUCCGGUGAUUAUAUGGAUCUCGAUUAA